AUGCGAUGGGACCACAAGGCGCUGUUCAGUGGCACAGUGUAUCGGUCGGGAGGGGACAUAGGGUUGCAGCACGCAAAUCUGCAUGAUCUGGUAGUCGUAGCAAUGUGGUCAGCAAGGUCAGAUUCACAAUUGAAUGUUUGUGGCAGUGCCCCCCUCAACACCAGAAUUGUGGGGGGUCAGAAUGCUCCUGUUGGGAGCUGGCCAUGGCAGGCCAGUCUACACUAUACCGGGAGCCAUGUGUGUGGGGGCUCCCUCAUCAACAAGGAGUGGGUACUGUCUGCGGCUCACUGUUUUGACAGCACAAACACCGCUCCCUGGACCAUUUACUUGGGUCGAGAGAACCAGCAGGGCAGUAAUCCUAAUGAGGUGUCCAGAACAGUCAGUCAAAUCAUACUUCAUCCAAAUUAUGACAGCAACACCAAUGAAAAUGACAUCGCACUGAUGAAGCUUGCCUCCCCAGUCAGCUUCACAGACUUUAUCCAGCCUGUGUGCCUGGCAGCCAGCAGCAGCGCCUUUUCUAAUGGUACAGAGAGCUGGGUCACCGGCUGGGGUGACAUUAGCGAAGGAGUGCCCCUCCCCUCUCCCCAGACUCUGCAGGAAGUAGAGGUACCAGUUGUGGGUAACAGACAAUGUAACUGCCUCCUUGGGGUGGGAAGAGUCACAGAAAACAUGAUCUGUGCUGGUGUGUUGGCUGGAGGAAAGGACUCCUGUCAGGGUGAUUCUGGGGGUCCGAUGGUGAACAAGCAGAACACAGUGUGGGUCCAGUCUGGAAUUGUUAGUUUUGGUUUCGGCUGUGCACAGCCCAAUCUCCCAGGGGUGUACACCAGGGUGUCCCGUUACCAAAGCUGGAUCAGUUCCCAGAUAAGCACCGACCAGCCAGGCUUUGUCCUGUUCUCCUCCAGUGGAACAGACAGUGACAGCAGCGUCACCUGCCCGGGCCUGCCGCCUCCCACCACAGCCCCAUCACCAUCACAGCCCCCUGCAACGACCGCCGCACCUGCGGUAUGUGGUAGUGCCCCCCUCAAUACCCGCAUUGGUGGGAACAGUGAGCUGGCGGAGGCUGGUCAGUGGCCCUGGCAGGUCAGCCUACACAAGGAUGGGGCCCAUGUCUGCGGGGGAACCCUCAUCAGUGAGGAGUUUGUCAUGACUGCUGCAGAAUGCUUCACUAGAACACAGCCUAAUGCCAGUGAGUGGACAGUGUUUCUAGGUCGCCUGAAACAGAACGGCUCGAACCCCUUUGAGGUUACAGUGGAUGUGUAUAACAUUACCCUGAGCAACCUGACGGGCACCAACAUUGCAGUGCUUCAACUUGCCACAAAGGCAGAAUUCACAAAUUAUAUUCAGCCUGUGUGUUUGGAUUUGGACAACAGCAACAUUGGUGUAGGAACCCAGUGCUGGGUGACAGGGUGGGGCAGAGGCCGGGGUGGAGUGGAAGAAAUCCUACAGGAACUUCAGACUACUGUGGUAGAGUGUGGGAAUGUCUCCUCUACUGACAACAUCUGUACUGGAGCUGUGGAGAUAGAGCAGGGAGAUGCAGGUGGCCCCUUGGUGUGCAAGAAUGGCAUUUCCUGGUUCCAGGCUGGAGUGAUAAUGGUCGACAACAGCAACAGCAGUCUUAGCAACCUCACUGUAUCUCGUGCAUCUAACAUACAGGUCUUUGCCAAAACCUCCCGCUUUGGAAGCUUUUUGAAAGAUACUGUGGGUACUUUGCCCUCUCCUGCUAGUACAUUCACUACCUUAAACUCCACCACUUCCUCCUUUACUACUGCAAAUGGAGCCCCUCACUCCAUCUCUGUCUCUCUUCUGUUCUCUGUUUCCCCUGCCCUUCUCUCCCUCUUCCUGCUGGCAAGUUGGGGGCAAUAAAAGGGUGUUUUUCUGCUUGUAGGGAGCGGUGCAACUAUUUUUGUCUUGUGAAACACUUUUCACCACUUCUUAGAUCUUCCUGUUUCUAGACUUACACUGUUCAACCGUCACAAAACAUAUUUCAAGUACACAAAUCUACUGUAGUCUAAUGUUCCCAGCUAACGUAUAAUGUUGUCAGGGUUGAUCAGAUGAAAUUGCAGCAUUAGUACCCAGC